AUGUCUCGCCAAGGCCUUCUCAAGUACAUUCCAACGUUGUCUCAUUCCUCUGGAAUCCGAUUCAGAUCAGCCUCUCGUGACUGCUUUUCCUCUCUUGCAUUUAAGGUUCGUCGCUUCGCCAAAGAGUCGCUUCCCGCAGAGCCUCAAGCUUGGCAGCCGCAACUGCAAAUCCAACUCGUCAACACUCAAUUUUCUUCACCCUAUAACUCCACCACCACGUGCUCCCCGCCAUCCAUUCUUUCUCUCCCACUACCCCCUAUCUUUUGCUACGACAUAAUCCAUCUAAAAAUGGUACAAUACGUCAUAACGCCGUGGCGAAACCGAGCCGAGCUCCUCCAGGUCCGCCAAAAGCUGUAUCCGGGAGCAGGGCGGGAGGUCAAGGAGGAGGAGAGGAGACAUGCUGUGGCGAGGGUGUCAGUUUGGAUGCAGAGGGGGAAUUGUCCGCAUUUGGUGGAGAGCACGGCGAUUUUGACGGCGGCGGUGUUGAAUGAUGGCUGCGUAUGCGGCGGCUUUUUAUUCGUCACCGGUCUCAUGGAUAGUCACCAAGACAAACGUCGGAAACUCAGCAUGUACUCAAUUGCGAAGACCAUCGGGCUCCCAGCAACCUACGUUGAACUUCGUCAUCAAGCUACUCACGAGGAGUUGCCAUCACUUUCCAAACUUCGCACUGCUACCCAAAAAGCUCUGCGAUGGAUCUGGGAAUAUUACUGGGUUCAUUUGACAGCAGAAAACUCAGUAGAGAGCAAUUGCAAGGCGUUCUUAAGCAAGCUAGUUGAGGAAAAGAACGAGCAAGCGAGAUGGAACAUGGAGAAGACGUUGAGUAAUUGGGAUGAGGAUCAGUUGCUGGAUGCUUUGAUCGAGAUUCAGGGCGAAACGGAUGAGACUCAAAUCUUGUUGCGGGCUCUUCAAAUACAUCGAAGUAUUGUGAAUGGGACCAUCAGGGAUGGAGAGAACAAGGAGAUGCCGUCGCAGGAUAUGCAAGAUAUGGAAAUUGUGUCCGUUAGGGAUGAGAUGUCGAGGAUGGAAGCUGAGCUGAACAAAAAGGAGGAUGUGGAGUUUGGGCUGAAUGAUUCGGAAAUGAUCGUAGACAUAGAUUCUGGAGCCAAAGGAUGGUCGAAAUGGGCAAGGCCCUGGACUCCGAAACCCAUAGGUGUUGUAUGA